AUUGAUUACCGCCACUAUCUACAUGAAUGGAUUUGCCUGCCAGACCAAAAUGAUGUUAUCCAUGCUAAGAAGGCCUAUGAUCUACAGAGUGAUAACUGCUACAAGUCGGACCUUGAAUGGUUACGAGGCAUUGGUUGGGUCCCAAUUGGUUCCUUGGAAGUUGAAAAAGCCAAGAAGGCAGGGGAGAUCUUGAGUGAAAAAGUAUACCGUCAGCCUCCAGACACAAUCAAGUUUACUAGCGUCACUGAUUCUCUAGAGAUGGUCUUAGCCAAGCAGAAUGCAGAGACAAUGAAUAAGCGUUUAUAUACUGAGGCCUGGGAUAAAGACAAGACACAAAUCCAUAUAAUGCCUGACACACCUGAAAUCACACUGGCAAAACAGAACAUGCAAAACUACAGUGUGAAACUCUACAAACAGGCCAUGGAAGAAGCAAAAAAGAAAGGCUAUGAUUUGAGAAGUGAUGCUAUCCCCAUUCAAGCUGCCAAAGCAUCCAGGCAAAUUGCCAGUGAUUACAAAUACAAAGAAGGCUAUCGCAAGCAGCUUGGCCAUCACAUAGGGGCCCGUAAUAUAGAGGAUGAUCCGAAGAUGAUGUGGUCGAUGCACGUAGCCAAGAUCCAGAGUGACAGGGAGUACAAGAAAGCCUUUGAGAAGUCAAAGACACACUUCAGUAGCCCAGUGGACAUGCUGGGAAUCGUGUUGGCCAAGAAAUGUCAAGGGUUGGUCAGUGAUAUUGAUUACCGCCACUAUCUACAUCAGUGGAUCUGUCUGCCAGACCAGAAUGAUGUUAUCCAUGCUAAGAAGGCCUAUGAUCUACAGAGUGAUAACUGCUACAAGUCUGACCUUGAAUGGUUACGAGGCAUUGGUUGGGUCCCAAUUGGUUCCUUGGAAGUUGAAAAAGCCAAGAAGGCAGGGGAGAUCUUGAGUGAAAAAGUAUACCGUCAGCCUCCAGACACAAUCAAGUUUACUAGCGUCACUGAUUCUCUAGAGAUGGUCUUAGCCAAGCAGAAUGCAGAGACAAUGAAUAAGCGUUUAUACACUGAAGCAUGGAAUAAAGAUAAGACCAUGGUUCAUGUCAUGCCUGACACACCAGAAAUCCUGCUAGCUAAACAAAACCAAUUAAACUAUAGUCAGAAAAUGUACAAACUAGCUUUGGAGGAAUCGAAGAAGAAGGGUCAUGACUUGCGUUUUGAUGCCAUUCCUAUUCAAGCUGCCAGAGCAUCCAGAGAGAUUGCCAGUGAUUACAAAUACAAAGAAGGCUAUCGCAAGCAGCUUGGCCAUCACAUAGGGGCCCGUAAUAUAGAGGAUGAUCCGAAGAUGAUGUGGUCGAUGCACGUAGCCAAGAUCCAGAGUGACAGGGAGUACAAGAAAGCCUUUGAGAAGUCAAAGACACACUUCAGUAGCCCAGUGGACAUGCUGGGAAUCGUGUUGGCCAAGAAAUGUCAAGGGUUGGUCAGUGAUAUUGAUUACCGCCACUAUCUACAUCAGUGGAUCUGUCUGCCAGACCAGAAUGAUGUUAUCCAUGCUAAGAAGGCCUAUGAUCUACAGAGUGAUGCUGUUUACAAAUCAGACCUGGAAUGGCUAAGAGGUAUUGGAUGGGUUCCUAUUGGUUCCAUGGAAGUUGAGAAAGCCAAGAAAGCUGGAGAUAUCCUGAGUGAAAGGAAGUAUCGUCAACCAGCAGACCAAAUUAAAUUUACUAGUGUGACAGAUUCUUUGGCCAUGGUGUUAGCCAAGCAAAAUGCUGAGAUAAUGAACAAGCGUUUAUACACAGAAGCCUGGGAUGCAGACAAAACAUCAAUUCACAUCAUGCCUGACACACCGACAAUUUUGUUAGCGAAGGCCAAUGCAGCUAAUGUUAGCCAUAAACUUUAUAUACAAGCCUGGGAAGAGGCCAAAAAGAAGGGUUAUGACAUGAGAGCUGAUGCAAUUCCAAUCCGAAGUGCAAAGGCAUCCAGAGAUAUUGCGAGUGAUUACAAGUACAAAGAA